UCAGGAGUCGAGCGUUAGUGGUCAGCUGAGAAGCUGCAAAGGAGAUGAGAGAGGUUUAGAUAGACAGUCAACACGAGAUGGUUGUGAUGUCCUGACACUGAUGCGCUCGCAGGAGUAAAGGUGCUUACUAUAAGUACUGUUAUGCGUGAGUGUGCGUGUGUGCGUCCUCGUUUGCGUGUGUGCGUGUGCGGGUAUCUGCGUGAAGACGCUCCGGAGCGGCUGCGCACUGCAAACUGGGCCGCACACGGAGACCUCCUCAAACCUGCCCUCUUCAUACGCGCUUCCCUGCAGCAUCACACCGAUAGUUUGAGCGGCACUCGCUAGAUCGGCAGACGUUGUGAUGAAGAAUCAGAGCAUGCUCACCCUUCCUUUACACAACUAAAACGCCAUGCUAUGUCUAGAGCGUGGGGUGGUGGAGGAAUGGCUCUCAGAAUUCAAGACAAUACCUGAUGAUCUCAUCCCUGGCUAUACUUGCUGCCUGCGCCUGAAGAAAGGACUUGUGCCUGCGCUAUAUGCUGUAAUACAGGAGCAACCUAGCAGUGAGCUUUUGGCUCCAGUGUGCCACCAGCUGUUUGAACUGUACCGGAGCACCGAGGUGGGACUACGCCGCUUCACGUUGCAGUUUCUCCCGGAGCUGAUCUGGGUGUACCUGCACCACACCGCCAGCAGGGAGCGUCACCGCAACGGCUGUGUAGAGGCUCUGUUGCUGGGAAUUUAUAACCUCGAGAUUGUGGACAGUAAAGGAAACAGCAAGCUUUUGUCCUUCACCAUACCUUCUCUCUCUAAACCGUCCAUAUACCAUGAGCCGUCCAGUCUGGGCUCCAUGGCACUGACAGAGGGAGCUCUUAGCCAGCAUGACCUGAUCAGAGUGGUCUACAGUGGCCUGUUGCCCCAGAGAGAGACCUUUACAUCUCAAAACAGGUUUGAGGUGCUGUCUUUCCUCAUGCUCUGCUACAACUCUGCUGUGGUCUACAUGCCAGCGUCGUCCUAUCAGUCAGUCUGCAGAAUGAGCUCGCGAUUGUGUGUAUGUGGCUACCCACGUCAGCAGCAGAAGUUGUGGAGAGAAUCGUGCAACCGUGUGCGUCUGGAUCCGGAGUUAAUGGUGCAGAUGCUGACUGCAGUUUAUCAUGCCAUCUACAACGGCCAAUGGGAACUCGGAAGAGAAGCUUUGGAGGACAUCUUGUAUAGAGCACAACUAGAGCUAUAUGCCAAGCCUUUACUAAUAGCAAAUGCGAUGAGAUGUUCCCUGCCACCUCGACCACCGGCGGGCACACGGAAUCUUCUGGAGGUUGAAGCCACACCCACAAACAAACGCGUCUCGCUGACGGCCAUCACUGCUGCGUCCAUCCGUAGGCUCCGAUGGAAACGAGAAGGCUGUUUUGAUUUUUCGACCUCGGCCGACUUCUAUUCCUCUAUUGCACCAAGUAAGUUCUCUCCACUGAAAACAACGCCCAGUCUGGUGCCCGGUGUGUGGAUUAAGAGCACCAUCCGCAGAACAUUGAGAGGGGAAGCUGAUGGUAUGAGCUGCGGCGAGGAUUCAUUUGACCCAGAUGAGGGCUUUUCCUCCGGGGCAUCCAGCAGUAGCCAGCCCAGCAGUAUGAAGAGGGACCGGGUGGCCGGUGUGUAUCUGUCCCGAGAUCCAGCAGUGUGGCAGAGAGAGAGCACAUCUGCUGAAACCAGAGCUGCUUUAUGUAGGCAUCACCGACACCAUCACUCGCCUCCUCCAGCCAUCACACUCUGCACUGCAGAGAACAGCAGAAGUCCCAGUCCCAGCAUGGCUAGGAGGUUCCUAGACCCACAUUACCUGCCCCCAUUCGCUGGUCCUCCAGCCAGAACUGCUAGCACAUCUUCCAGUAAAUCCCUGGACUGUUCUGGCUUCAAUGGCUCAUCUGGGCCCACAGAUAGCAUGUCAUUUGGGAGCCUGAGUGCAGAUAGGGCUCACUGUUUGUCAGCUAUCAGCCUACAGGAUAUGCAAAGAAGACAGGCAUCAAGAAGCCAGGAUCUGCUCUCGUCUGGAAGUCCAUUUUCUUCUGCAAGCCCUCUGUCCAAACAGUCUCGCUCAUCCAGUUUUAAUAUGCAGAUGAUAUCACAAGUGUAGACAAAUCUGUGUGUCUUUUUGUGAGGAUGUGCGUCUGUGUGUUGUUGACUGAAAUACCGUGCAUGUGUCUGAGCAUGUCUUUGUAUGUGUUAAAUGGUUCUACACUGAUCUGUGAACGUAUGUAUGUAUGUAUGUAUGUAUGUAUGUAUGUAUGUAUGUAUGUAUGUAUGUAUGUAUGUAUAUAUGUAUGAGAGAGAAAGUGUGUUUGUGUGAGUGUGUGUGUGUGUGUGUGUGUGUGUGUGUGUGAGUGUGUGUGUGAGCGAGAGAGAGAAAGAUGCAAGGUGCAUGUAUGUGUACAUAUAGCAAAUAACGUACAAUUACACCAUUAUGCACUGGCAGUUUUUCCAGAAGAAAUAAGGUUUUGCACUGUACUUCCCCAUGUGGAUAUCAUACAAUGUGCCAUAACAUAUGUGAAGAGGAAUUCCACUUCCAAAUCCUGCUGUAUCUUAACAAUAGUCUCAAGAACUGACAAUCACAUGAACUAAAUGAUGAGUGGCCUGACAAUGCAUGAUCCAAAGAAUCAAGUGUGUGAGACUUGAGGAGGUAUAAAAGAAGCUGCUUGAAUUUAAUUGCUGUAAAUGUUAUGGACUGAGCCUGCUUGUGUUUGUCCUACUGAUCCUACCAGCUGAAAUGGGUGGAGAAAUGUGCAAUCCGUGGAAAAGCCGCAUCAUGUAAUGAGCGAUAUAGAUUAUAUUCUUUGAAGCAAGUUUAUAUCUCAAAAUAUAUGUGUACAUUUAUGUAAAUGAAUAUAUAUUGUAUGAUAGGAAGAGUUAUAUGCUGUGACAAUAUCUCUAUAUUGCUUGUACAGAGUUGAAGAUUUAUCUGUUCACUGGAGAAUAAAUACAUUGUGAUGAUGAA